GGCUUUAUCAAAGGGGUGCUGCAAGGGAGAUCGCUCCCAUCGUGGGUACCGUACUUGCAUCUUGCCAGAUCUGCUGCAGUAUGGAGCUGUCAGCAAGCUGCGGCCACAAUCGGCAGAUCUGAGAGAUACUUUGAGAUAUCUACGGACGUGUGUAGCGCAGCAAGCGUGUCAGAGCGAAAGUCAACGUUGCUGACUGGCAGUCAAGCGGCACGUCUUGGGGGCUGCCAUCUGCAGAAGAAUCGUGAUAUUGGCGCCGAGUCCCAGAAGCACCUCACUGUUUGGAGCUAUCUCCAGCUAGCGCUAUGGGGUGUGGAUGCAGCAAGUCAGCAGAGCACCCGGAUUUGGGGAAGGCAAAAGCCGCCGAGCUCACAAAGCCCAAUCAGCAAGAAGCGGUGCGGAGCGUGCGCAGGGAUGGUACUCAGAAGCGCCCGGGGCUGGCUGCUGUCGCCCCUGGCAGCGAUGGUACCGCCAGCGAGACGAGGACUGUCAGUGGGAGGUCGUCCACAACCAGCUCGCGGCAGAGCCAGGAGAACGAGGUGCUGUCAGCCAACACUCGCUCCAACUCCACCAAGAGCACUUCUGAGAAGGGCAGCCGCACCACCAGCUCCUCCCACAGCCGGCACAAGAGCCACAGAUCCCGUGCUAGCGAAACCCAGGAGGGCGGAUCGACCUUCUCGCCGUCGCAUGGGACGGCCGAGGAUGACAAUUCGGACUGGGACCGCUUCUCGGACGAUGCAGAGACGGUGUCAGACACAACGGUGUCGGACAGCAGCGGCCACACCGCAAUGCACCCCGUCACUGACGGCCUGCGCCGGCCCCGGGAGCACUCCCUGUUCGGCGUGGCCGAGAAACGCGCACCUGCUCCCUUCAGGGAGACCACCAGCCUGAAACUCGCAAAACUGCGGGGGGUGACAUUUGUGAACCAAUAUGUUGUCAUCAAGUACCUGGGGAAGGGAGCCAAUGGGCGGGUGUUUCUGUGCCUGGACAUGUGUGACAACCGCCUCUAUGCCGUGAAGAUUGUGAAGAAGACGGAUGUGGAGACGGCAAGGGGCAGGAAGAGGCGCAAUCCUCUCAACGACCUCAAGAGGGAGGUCGCCAUCAUGCGGACUCUGCGCCACAAGAACAUCGUGGCCCUGCAGGCAUGCCCCUCACUGGAAGUGGUGGAUGACCCGGCGGGCAACAAGAUGCUGCUGGUGAUGGACUACAUGGAGGGCGGCCCAGUGCUGACCAGGGAGGGCCUGGAGCGCGGCCGCAGGAUCCCAGAGCCCCUCUCCCUGCAGUACUUCAGGGAUAUGUGCAAGGCGCUCGACUACCUGCACUUCAACAAGGUGGUGCACGGCGACCUGAAGCCGGAGAAUGUGCUGAUGAGCGCGCGGGGGCAGGUCACGCUGUCCGACUUUGGCUGCUCCAAGGUGCUGGGCUCCGGCAACGAGUACCUGGAGAAGUGCCAGGGCACCCCCGCCUUCCUCGCCCCCGAAAUGAUGCGCCCGCACUCCCGCUACAGGGGUCGUCCGACGGACAUCUAUGCCCUGGGGGUGUGCCUGUUCACGUUUGUGUAUGGUCGCAUCCCCUUCUCGGCGCCCACCGUCUACCAGCUGUUCCAGGUGGUGCAGACCGAGCCGCUGCGCUUCCCAGACGAGCCCCAGGUCUCUGAAGACCUCAAGGACCUGCUGAGCAGGAUGCUGCACAAGAAUCCACGGGAGCGCAUAACGCUGCCGGUGGUGAUGCGUCACCCGUGGGUGACCAAGCGCGGCGCAUGGCCGCUGCAGACGGUGCGCGAGAUGGGCGGCUGCCCCGAGGAGGAGGAUGAGAUCAACCCCCAGCUCGUCUCCCUCCCCGAUAUGAUGUCCACCCUCAACGUUCUCGACAUCCCCCGCCAGGUCAGCGCAUGUUGA